GUCAUCUCCCCUUGCCCUUCCCUUCAAAAGGCUCACUGCUACUAACGCCUACCAGAGAAUUCUGAACACCGAUCCGCUCCACCUCCUCCACAACGCAUAUCAUGAAGCUCUCUACCUCCGCCCUCGCCACUGCUCUCACGGCCCUCACCCUCGCGUCGCGCGGGCUCGCCGCGCCCGGGGACAUCAUGCUCCCCCAGCCGGGCACGCAUAUCGCUCCCGGCGCAUCCUUCAACUUCUCGUACGAAAUUCGCGGCGACUACUGCACGUCCUCGUAUGCGUACAAUGUCUUCCUCGUCACGGACGUGCCGACGUCCGUCCAGCCCUCGGACGUCUUCAUGGGCGGGUAUUUCUUCGGGCGCUUCGACGCGCCAAACUAUCCCGCAGUCCCCUACCCGCAGAACCCCGCGCCGCCACAGUUGGUAAUGCCCAACUUCUCGCAGCCACAAGGCGGGUUCGGCGCGGGCCAGAGCGCGAGCGACCAGACGUGGCAACUCGCGGUUAUUGAGGAGUGGGACGGGUGCGCUGCUGAUGGUCCCGUUGGGAGGAAGUUCAGUCUCGCCUCCGUGCCUAUCGUAUAUAAUGCCACUGGCUCUGCCUAAUCGAUUUCGCGUGGACACGCUCGGACUGCUUGCUGACGGACCGCAUACAUAGUUACGGACUACAUCGUGGUGAUCAUUGCGGACACAUAUCGCACCUCGGACAAUCUCCCUGAUCGGACAAUUAGUGUUUGCGCUGUAUGCGUCGCGUAGUGUACGUGUACUUGGGCUAUUGUUGGAUAUUCCUCUCCUCUCGGAGUAUAGUGUACCUGUUGCAGCCUCUUCACUAGUUCAACUGCCCUCUCAAAACACAUGGUCUGAAUAAUAGUACAUUCUGUUCUGAUCAUCUCAGUUCUUU